AUGGCGGCGGUGACGCCGACGCCGAGCCACCGGGCGACAACACUCGACCGGGCGGCCCUGGCGCAGUACACGCGAACGCCGCCGCCGAGCUCGCCGAGCCGACAGAGCCCGGCAAGACAGCGGGGGGCCGAGGGUGAUGCAUCGCUGGUCACGCUCGCUGGCUUGCUCGAGUCGAACGCACUAGCACUUGCGUCGCGGCAGCUUGAGGCCGCGUUGCAGAUGGCGGCGUCAGCGUCGUCGCGAGCGGCGUCGGCGGCGUGCGCGGCAGCGCGGGUCAAAGGCGGAGUGGAUGCGCUUGUCGACGCCGAUCGCGAAGCAGCAAUUCGUGAACAAGAGGCUGAGGCGCGAGCGGCAGUUGCUGCCGCCGAGCAGGUCGCUGCUCUGCAGUGUGAGGUGGAGGCGCUACAGGCCCGCGAGAAGAAGAUCAAGGCUGCAGCGAGGCGAUUCCGCGAUGCCGCCAAGGGCAAAGAUGAUGCCGAGGCUGCCCAAAGUGCCCUGGAACAGCAGGUCCAGCAGUUGUCGCUUCAGAUCAAGGGACUGGUGGCAGAGAAGAGCUCGCUGGAGGCGACAGUGACGGCACUAGAGCAGUCGCUGCAGCGCGCGGCUGCGGUGCCACCGGCAGCCGAGGCCACGUUGACGUCUCUCGCCGAGCAGCUGCAGCACGUGCGGGCGCGGGCCACCGAGGCGACGUCAAGUGCAGCCAGCGCGGCGACGCAGGCAGCCCAGGCGGCGAUCGAGCGCGACGCGCUCGCCGCAGCGCUCGAGGCCGAGCGGUCUGCCAUGCUCAGCUUGCGGGAGCGUAUUGCGGCGCUGCAAGAAGAGAACAGCAGUCUCCUGUCGCGGGCUGUGAGUGCAGAGACCGAGGCGGCGCUGACGGCGACACGCGCGUCGUCGUUAGAGUCGACCCAGGAGGUGAUGCAGGCCCGAGUCAACUCGCUUCAGUCUGCGGCCGAGGCAUCUGUUACCGAGGCCCGAAAAAGCCUCAUGCGUGAUCACGAGCGGUUUGUCACCGAACAAGAUUCAAUGCGGAGCCAGAUUGCUGAGCUAGAAGAGACAACAGACGAACUUCGUGCGCGGCUGGCGCGUGCGCUGCGAUCUGCUGCCAGGCGUGAGACCGAGCUUAAGGCGUACAUCCGCCGAGAGGCGAGACGGAACAACGAGCUGGCGCGACAUCUGGCGGAGCUGCGACAGUUGCUGGUAGAUGGACAGCGGUUUGCUGACGCUGCUAAUGCGCGUGCUGCGGCGCUAGAGGCAGAGUGUACCGCACUCAAGGAAGCGCUGGUUGCGGCCGACUCGGACUCGGCCGAAACCGCAGAUCUCAAGGCGCGGCUGGCGUCGUCGCGACGGCGGAAAAAGCGCGUGUUGGAUGAGCUAGAGCUGGCCAAGUCGCGAAUUGCCGACCUGGAGGCACAAUGCCAUGGGCACAACUCGGCGACAGACGCGGCCCGCGGGGCACUGGCAGCAGCCGAGGCGGCACGCACUGCGGCCGAGGCGGCGGCAGCCUCGGCACAGCAAAAAGCGGCGGCACGCAAGAAGCGGGCCGCAGCGCUGGCCGCAGAGCGCGAUGAGGCGCUGGCAAGGGCAAAGGCAGAGCGGGAACGAGCUCAGGACACCGCAGCGGAGGCCGAGGCGCUUGCGGAUGCGCUUCUGAAGGCUCGCACGGAGCAGGAGCGGGCUGAGAACGACGCGCGGUCGCUGGGCGAGGCACUCGGCGAGGCCCGCGAAGGCCUUGGGCUGCUGGAAGCCGAAAACAUUCGGCAAGCGGACGAGCUGGACGAGGUACGGGCCGAGCGCGACGCCGUGAUGGAGAUGUGGAAGUCGGGUAAGAAGUACAAGAUCCCGCGGACGCUGGCGUACUCCAAACCGCCUGCGGCGGGCAACAAGUCGGUGCUCAAGUUGUUGAUGCUCAACCGCAAGCCGCCGCGGACGUCGCGGACGCCGACGCGCGAGCCUAAGAUUCCGGAGAUCUUUACACCUGACGCCAUCCGCAAGCGGGCCGAAGAGCGACAGCGAUCGCAGUCGCGUUCCAAGUCGCAAACGCGGUCGCGGUCACGGUCGCGGUCGGCGACACGGCCCGAGAGCGUGGCGCGGCCCAAGGGAAAGUCCAAGCGGACACGCGGGCGAUCGAGGUCACGCAAGUUGACGCAGGCGUCCCGUUCCGAUUACGACGCCGGCGCUUCCUACAUCGAGCAGCACGUCGCACGUUGA